CACGUGACUUGUGACGUCAGCAGGGAGGGACAUCGGCUGGGCCGCUCGCAGCCGUUACCGGUGGAAAGAAGAUGGUGCUCAUCAAGGAAUACCGUGUGGUCUUGCCAUGCUCAGUGGAAGAGUAUCAAGUCGGGCAACUCUUCUCUGUGGCUGAGGCCAGUAAAAACGAGACGGGUGGUGGAGAGGGCAUUGAAGUGCUGAAGAAUGAACCGUAUGAGAAAGAAGGCGAGAAAGGACAAUACACACACAAAAUCUACCACUUAAAGAGUAAAGUGCCAGGCUUUGUGAAGAUGAUCGCACCUGAGGGGGCUUUAGUUUUCCAUGAAAAAGCCUGGAAUGCUUAUCCGUACUGCCGCACAAUUGUGACUAAUGAAUACAUGAAAGAUGACUUCAUGAUUAAAAUCGAAACUUGGCAUAAACCUGACAUGGGGUCCUUAGAGAAUGUACAUGAAUUGGACCCCACCACAUGGAAGACAGUAGAGGUUGUGCAUAUCGAUAUAGCGGAUCGCUCUCAAGUUGAACCAGGAGACUAUAAGCAAGAUGAAGACCCAGAAAUCUUUCAUUCAGAGAAAACGGGCAGAGGGCCUUUAGGACCGGACUGGAAGAAAGAGCUCUUGGCCAAGCCAGACGCCCCUCGUAUGUGUGCGUACAAACUAGUCACUGUCAAGUUCAAGUGGUGGGGCCUUCAAACUAAAGUAGAAAACUUCAUACACAAGCAAGAGAAGAGGAUCUUCACGAACUUCCACCGUCAGCUCUUCUGUUGGAUUGACAACUGGGUGGAGCUCACCAUGGAGGACAUCCGCCGGAUGGAGGAGAAGACACAGAGAGAGCUGGAGGAGCUUCGUAAAACUGGUCAGGUUCGAGGCACCAGUGCUGCUCACGAACAAUGAGGCAAAACUAAAGAAUCCUACCACAACACCGCUUGACGAUCGACACGAACGCAUUCAACCAACCGGCCAGUGGUGGCGCUGUUCUCCACCCGACUAAAGAAUGACACAAUGAUCAGUAGUACUGUAUUCACCUCCUGUACGACACUCAACCUGCCAACAGGGUGGAUCAAUUUUACACUGGAUGAAAUCCAUAUUUUUUGGUUUUCUAAACCGUCAAGAACGUCAGGCAGGUUUAUCCAGUGACAUGUACCACUUUACUAAGAGUUUUGGAAAUAUCAGAGUAUUGCUGUAUGGUUGCGUUAUUCUAUUUCUGAAAAGAGAAAAAAAUUAUAGAAGUAUUUUAUUUUGGUAGGAAUUGGACCAACUCUUUGUUCGUUUUGUUUGAUUAUUUGUUUAUAACGGUAUGACCCCCCCCCCCCAUAUAAGUUAGUUAUUUUAAUUUUAAAUAUUUUUAAUAGGUAUUGAUUUUAGAUUUUCAUUUGUUAAAUCAGCAUAGUCUUGCCUAUCAUCAUCUUCAUUUUCUAUGAAAUGUGUUUUCCCCGCUACAAAAGGAAGCCCGCACCUUUGCACACAAAACACGUUUCACAGGCCACCUAAGCUUCGCAUGAGCUCAGGCAUGUUAGCUGCAGUUUUUGAGAGGGUUUCUGUUUUCAAAGACCCUCAAAGACAAAACCUCUCAGGAUUUUUCAAAUGAACAUUUGACUGAACAGAAUCUAGACCGGAGCAAACGCUGCUGCUUUUUUAGAGAUGCUUUAUAUUGCUAAUCUACCUAUAAUGCUCUGCACCUGAAUGUGUGCAUAAAUAUAAUCUAGGGUGAAGAGGAGAACUUUAAAAAUGCAUUUAAAAAACGUGAUAUUUAGCUGGGAUUGUUACAUUUCUGUAUCAUACCAGGUCGGAGUUGAGUGAGAAUCAAAUUUAAAUUUCACAAAAUAAAUAAAUGGUCACAUUUCAUCCCAAAACUAUUUUUGUAUGAAGGAAAUGAAGCCUAUGUUAAAGACAUGUAAGAUGGUUUGCAUUGUAGCUAGUGCUGUCGGUCAAUUUAAAUAUUUAAUCAUGAUUAAUUGCAUAAUUUUCAUAGAUAUUCAUGAUUAAUUGCAGAUUUAAAAAAUGCUGAUAUUUGAGUCGUAGCUUCUUUUUUGGUCAAAUGCAUUUCAACUUCCAUCCUAGAAAACAAAACGGUAUGUAAAAAUGUUUUAUUAACAUUUUCCAAACAAAGCUUUCCACAGUAUAAAGAUAAAAAUGCUCUAAAAUGGCACCAAUUCAAGUUACAUUAAACAUUUCCCAAUGUCUAAGUGGGAGGUUGAGUAAUUGAAAGAACAAGGUUGCAUAUUUCUUGCGAUGGGCAUUAAAUCCCUUAAACUCAUCCUCCACAAUAUUAAUUGGCUUGCAGACUGUGGCUAUCCACUUUGCAAUCGUGAAGCCGCAAUAAUAUGACAUGUGUCAGAGAGUCGACGCAUUGCUCAACGACAGCAGCAAGCACAGAUUUUAAGUUUCAUCUCCACGUGAGAAGUUCUGCAAAGAAAGAGUUCGGAGUGACAUACUACCAAUAUUGCUCUUACAUUUUCAGUAAUAUCUAUGUAUGGCAGAUUUAGUAAGAGUAAUAUGGUAGCAUGCCAUUCCAAACAUGGUCAGCGUCUUGUUCUGCUUUUAGCGCUGGCUCUGCCCAUGCAAUGAUAUUGCAUCCAAUUGUCCUGUAUGUAUUAGCUGACGCUCAGUGGCAACUCGGUCAAUGUGUAAAUGAUUUGUACUUUCCGUUGAGCAUCGACAAACACUUCACGGGAGAACUCUUAACAGUCUAGCCGGCCGCAGCGGUCCCUAAUCAGUGUCAUGGAUCGUAUGUUUGGCUUUUAGGUGAUAGUUUAGACUUGACGUGCUUCUGUGGUAAUUCAAUUACAAAGGAUGCAAGGGACUUUAUUUUUGUUACAAGUCCCAUCUGGGUUUGUUCUGUAAAAGGUUCUUUCUCCAUCCGCUGUUGUCAGAAUCUAAUGUCAAAAUUGUUUGAUCGCAUUAAUAAACGUGUUAAAUAUUUUAAAUGAAUCACGUGUUAAUGUCAACAGCUAUAAUUGUAACCUUUUUUGUGAGAUUUACACCCAAUUCUCAGUCAUUUUAUCCAAUUUUGAUAAUUUUUUUCACAUUAUUCUCAGUGGUGAUUCUGAUUAGAUUGCUAUUACUGUAUUACGUUAAAUACGUAAAUGGAAAGUUUUCUUUGAUUAAAUAUUCUUUGUUUGAUACAAGUUCAGCUCAAUCGACAGCAUUUGUGGCAUAAUAUUGAAUACCACACAAUUGUAUCUCGUCCCUCCUUUAAAUAAAUAAAACAUGGAGGUUACAGUGAGGGACUUACAAUGGAAGUGAAUGGGGCACAUUUUUGGAAGGUUUAAAGGCAGAAAUGUGAAGCUUAUCAUUUUAUAAAAGCACUUUCAUGAAUUCUUCUAUUAGAACUUUGUGUAUUUCAGCUGUGAAGUUGUUUAAAUUGUCAUUUUUGCGGGAUUUCAGGGUUACACACAUCGUUUACGUCUUGUGGCUAUAAUACAGUGAGUAUUUUAACGUUUUUAUAGAUUGACCCCAUUCACUUCCAUUGUGCCUCGCUGUAACCCAGAUUUGUUUGUUUGUUUUUUAAGAAAAGGAGGGAGAAGUCAAUAUAAGAUAUAUGUAAUAAUACUUAACAAUUGAAAUAAUUAAUUAUUGUCAUGAUGCAGCAUUUUCAGAAUACAAUAUAUAUGACAAUCGGGGGGUGGGGUGCUUAUGAAAAUGUGUCAAUGGCAAAAAAUAAUGUUUUGGAGGUUCUAAAAACAGGCUUUAUUUUCUUUAAAGCUAGUUUUUUUUAUUGUAUUUGGUUUUGGGGUGAAAUGUAACACAAAUGUGUUGUUUACCGGUUUUGAGAUUCACCCGUGAAGGGACGUGAUUGUCCUCCCUUAUUCUAGAUAUUGGCCAUCCUCAUCUCUGCCCGUCCUGCGCCAGCUCAGAUUGUCCAGUCUAGCAAAAAACAAAUUUGCUAUUUGUUCCCUGAAUGCAAAUUGCAGGGCCGUUUUAUCACACCUUAAGAUUUCUCUUUCAUGGUAACCGAACGGUAGGGUUUUCAAAUGUACCAUAAGUACGGUUCUCUGUUCAAGUCCUGCACUCUUCUGUUAGUUACGAAGCAUUUAGAGAUCAGUGGACGAACUGUAAUUUGAUUUGUAUCAUAUAUGUGGCCAGUGCAUUAGUCUAUUUUAAUGUAGUUUUCAAUCUUUGGGUUUCUUUGGACGGCUUGAGUUUGCACUGAAGCAAACUAGUGCCUGAUGUGUGUUUAAAUGUGCUUCUGCGAAAUCUUUGUGCAUUGUGUUUAGAGUGAUUGUCAGUGUAUAAUUUGUAAUAGAUUCAAGCCUUUCUGUGCACAGAACGAAGCACAAGAGAUUUCCUCAACACUCAGAGGGAGUUUCUUUGGGUUUAACAUUCUGUUACUUAAUGUCCCUUUUAUUUCAAGGUCCACAAAUGUUCACACAAUCAUGUUACCUGUCGCGUAAUGUCGCAUUGUUCCCUGCGAUAAAUGUACAACCCUAAGGGCAGAUUAUCUUAGUGACAAAUCGGUCACGUACACACUGCAAUGAUGUGUAUAUGGUUGUCACUACUCUACACAGAGUUCAGAAAACUGAAUUCACUUCCUAAAAAAUUCAGGUAGUGACAAUUGAAGUGUGUACACAACCAAACCAAACAACUAGUUGAGUAUCAUGUUAGGCCAUGUCCACACUUGUACGUUUUCAGUUUCCUAACAUCAUCAUUUUCCAAAGUAUUCGGAUAUGGAAGAGCGUUUCUGAACUGCUUUGUUUGUCUGGAUGGUGUAAACGGAGCAAAAUCCUGCAGUUUGCAAGAUGUCUGGUUUUCAUACUUUUUGUGUGUUUCCUCAGUCAGACAUCAGUGCACUGAUUGUUCAGUUCUGUGUUUGCGUAAACACGUCUAUAAAAUACUGUCUUGAAUCUCACGGCGCGUGUGGUUAACUUUUGUAUGAGUACAUAGCUUUUGUUUGUGUGUGUGUGUGGGGGGGGGGGGGUAUGUUGUAAGGGCAGGUAUCAGAUGCUAUUAAUUAAUCAAACAUUGUAAUAAGCAUAAUUGCGCACUUGGAGAAUCUACUGUUUUUGUGUGGGGGUGGGGAGGUUACACAAUGCUGUUUUACUGUCUUGAUUGUUUGAUAAUCAGGGGAAAUAUCAGUGAAUGUACAUUGGUGUUUUUUUUCUCUUUUUUGCCGCUUUUGAAUUGGUUAUAAAAGUAUACUAUAAUAACAGUAUAUCUAAUAAAUUUCA